UGUAUCAAAUGAAAAAUGAUCCCACAGUAUUGAUAACCGCUCAUAACAUUACUGCUAUAACUCCUACAGUAGUCCAUAAAUCUUUACAGAGAAACUCAUGAGAUGGCGAAUUAGUUUGUGACAGACAGACAGACACACAUAAUGUGACACACAGUCACACAUACCGUGACAGACAGACACACAUACACAACAAAAAAGUGACCACCAUACCACACGCAUUACUACCGCAGUUGGAAUGCAUUCCACGCGAGUAUCACACGCGUGUGGUUUGCUCUGAAACACAGCAUAUUGACUACACAACAGAUCUUACGGUGCGCGUUCCACACGCGUGUGGUAUCAACCACACGCGUGUAAGAGCCGUGUGGUUAGUUUUCGGCAGGACUACUGACAGGUUGUACUGUAAUCCGGCAGAAGAAAAAAGGCAACAUGGCGAACGACACGCAGAGUGUACCUACUUUCCAGCUUCACAAGAUUUCCUACCGUGUACGGUUUCUCAUCGCGUUUGUUCUUGGGCCGCUUUUCAACUGGUCACCGACAAAGAUUAGAGACGGACUGAAGCAGUGGGGUGUGCGACUUCUCCCAUCAUUGAAGGCCAUAUGCCUGUUUGGCAAGCGGUACAGAACAUCUCAUAGCUUAGCAGAUGGGCACAGAUCUGGGAGGCCAUCCAAGUUGAAGGUGGCUCAUGGCGAUGCUCUCGACCACUGGAUCCGAUGCAAUCAGGACAUAACCAUGGCAGAGCUUCAGCAGAGGAUGCUGGAUGUUUUCCGGAUACAGGUCAGCUCGGAAUGCAUUCGUAUGCAUGUCCGCAAACUUGGAUGGUGUAAGAAGCAAACCAGGUACUGCCAAAUGGUAAGACGAGAAAACCAGGUCAAAAGGUUGACAUACUGUUUAAUGUGCUAUUCUAAUAAUGAGGAAUUUCAAGAUUGUAUCUUAUCAGAUGAGGCAUCCAUAGAAGUUAUGAGAAGUGGAAGGAUGCGAUUUAUACACAAGGAGGAAAAGACCAUCAUCGCAAAAGUGUGGAAGCCCAAGCAUCCUUUCAAAGUGCAUGUUUGGGCUGGAAUUUCAUACUGAGGAGCCACAAAGAUUUGCAUUUUCACGGGAAUCAUGGACAGCAUUGGCUACCAGAAGAUUUUGGAAGACAUAUUAAUUCCUUUCAUCAAACAGACUUAUCCAGAAGGGCACAGAUUCAUCCAGGACAACGACCCUAAACACACUAGUAGAAGCACAAAAGAAUUUAUGAAGUCUCAUGGAAUCAACCACUGGAGGACACCACCCGAAUCUCCAGACCUCAACCCCAUAGAGAUGGUAUGGGCAAUGUUGAAGACAAACCUGGCAAAGAAACACAAGCCGCAGACAAAGGAUCAGCUUAUAGACAGUAUUGUUGGCGCAGUAUCACGCCACAGCUCUGCAGAAGGGUCAUAGAUCAUUUACAAAAAGUUAUUCCUCGGGUCAUAGAACGUAAUGGGGCAGCAUCUGGUUAUUGAUUGAGUACAAUAUUUUCUCAAUGAACCAGACACAUCUCAGAUUGUCUUUAUGUAUAUCUUCUUCAUAUGAUGAUUUCCUCGUUGCAUUGGAAAUAAUUUUGUGUUGUAUACUGCCAGUUCAAAACAUUUUACUUUACUUUUAUAUAGCCUGUGAUGUGACAGCAGUGAGAAAGGGGUUUUAUAGUACAUAUACAUGUAUUAAUAAUCAAUAAAUACACAACUGAAAUCGUAAUAUAAUGCAAAAUUUUUAUGAAUAUAUAGAAAUGUACAGGCGGUUUUAUUCCUAAGGCAACGCUUACAGAAACUUGUCUCAAUAGGCAAACUUGCUUUUAUGCAUACAAUAUUCUUGAGUAUGGGGUAAAACACCAGUCAUAUAAAUAAAUAAAAUUUAUGCAACCAGUUUGCUUCAGCAGGUUAUUUUGAAAGAAUAGACAAAAUUGUCUCCCUUUUUAACCUAGAUUCGACCGUGAACUGCUAAAAAACACAAAAAGGUACUGUAGGCCACUUGAAGACCAGCGCUGCGAUAUUUAUUUAUACCAUUUUACUUUAAAGUUUAGGUUAUUUUGUACAUGUUGGAUGUCAGCAUAAGGUUAUGCGAGAUUGCCCACCCUGCUGUAUUCGUAAUUUAAGAUCAUGUGAACAGAAGACGGGGCCUAAAUGUGCUUGUGAGGAAAAGCCGUAAGUUGUUUUCAAUUGCUCGAAGGAAGGGGGAGUGACGAGUCCAGAAUUAUACAUGCAGUUGUUAUCAUAAUGAGUAAUUUGUGUUUGUAUCUAAACGGCUUUGAAAAAAGAGAACCGAGUCGGAUGAAGUUCAUUUUGAACGUAAAUGGCGGCGAGAAGCUGCGGUACCCGUGAAGGUUUAUUUCCAGUAUUUUUUUCAGGAUUAAAUGUACCAUAUAUGGCACAAGGUAAAUACACACGCUCGUAUGCAAUUGCUGGUUCGUAUUCAAAGAAUUAGUUUAAUUUUAAAUAUAUCUGUGUCACUAAAUUAAUUGAAUACUGAUUUAAGACAUUACGCUGUGCAAGCCUCUGGGCUUACACUUUUACACCGGCAGUUUCGGCACACUAGAUCGGAGCUUACAAAAACUUUUAUUGGUCCUGCAACGUAUUAGCAAAUACAGAAAAAAAACGUCACUUUUUACAACAGUACGUCACUUUUUACAACACUGACAACAACUUUACCUGAUUCUGACAUCUUGUAUGUUUGGUAAACGUACAAUGUAGUUCUCUCAGUGGAUAUGUCAAGUUCGGCAGAAAUUUGAAAAGU